AUGGCAACUUCAUCAUCUGAAGCCCUUGCAGCCCUUAGGCAGCUGGAGGAGAGCGGCAAUUUGAAGGACCGACUAGCGAUCAUUCGCAUCAGCGAGCCAAUUUCCACCGAAGUUGGGGGAUCUUACCCGUCUCCUUCAAAGCGAACCUCUGAUGUUUCUGUCUCAAAUUAUGACGAUCCUAACCCUGCCUCGCUGGAGGCUGAUCUUGCACACUAUAAGGAACUGUUCUCGAAACUGCGAUUCUCCUACCUCGAGCAAGUAACGAAAGAGAAGUUCUUGCGCGCCAUUGUUGGCGACCCGCCUAUGGUUGUCGGACACAACGAGAACAUGGAACUGGAGGCGCAACUAGCGGAUGUGAAAGCCGAACUCAAGGCACGGAAGGAAGACGCACGGAUUAUGAUCGAGGAAAUGGAGCUAAUGGGCCGUGACUUAGCAAGCCGUUACAAGAUCGUCGAACUUCAAACUACACAGCUCUCAACGCUGCCUGCUUCAAUCGAUAAUCUCGAGUCAACAAUCGCCGAACUCCGCGCCAAGCAGAUGGCCACCAUGAAUCCUUCCGAUCCCAACAAUACUUCUUCUUCGCAGAAUCUUCCUCUUCCCGCGACCCUGGCACUAUUGGCGGAACGUGAGGCAGAAUUAGCAGCCGUGAACCGCCAGCUAGCUGCCGUGCACAACACCUUGCCUCGGAAGACACGAGAGGCCGAGGCAGUAGAGAGAGAGCGCAGCGUACUUGAGCGACGAAAGUCAGAUACGAUCGCACAAGCCCGUGAAGCGCAACGCAAGAAGCAACAGGGUGAAAGUGAUGGAUUAGAAGAGAUGGGACGUUGGUACAGGGGCGCAGAAGAGAUCUUGAAAGAAUUGGUGGGGAGCAAAGCAUAA